UUUUAUUCAUCAUGCCUAUGGUCGUGCCCGGUGUCAACUCCUCGAUGGGGGACAAGUCUGAGUGGGUCAACAAGUUGAUGGGAAAGAAGAUCAGCGACUCGGGGAGUGAUGAGCUGUCAUUUGCAAAGAAGGAUUUGCCUGAAUCUCACCGCGUGCUGAAGCCAGAUGACAUGAAGACCAUGGACCACAACCCUGAUAGACUCAACGUCCACCUUGACCAUGAUGGCACCGUCCGGGAUGUGACUUACGGCUAG